CCAUGUCCGCGCAGGUAGCGGCGCUGAGGACGACGGGGGAGAAUACGAUGGCGACCACGGCGUGGUCGUACGUGGAAUACAUGGCGCGGUGGGAGCGCCAGGUGGAGCGGCGGCAGCUGUUCCUCCGGAGCUACCACUUCUCCCGCGAUGCCGAGGUCUCGCCGCGCGCGCGCACGCGCCGCGUCGUCUGGGCCGGGGCGCGACGGCUGCGUCGAGCCGCCGCCAAGGGGCUCCGCCGCCUCCGGGCGCGCAUACGCCUCUGCUUCGGCUGGGCCGCGCCCGCGCUCCGCCGCCGCUCCUGCCCGCGCCGGUUCCGCUACGGCCGCAUCCCCCGGGCCACGAAGGCGUCGCCGGCCCCGGCCGCGAACGCCGCGUCCGUUUGCUUCUGGUAGGCAGGUCGUGAGCUAGAAAUAG